CAGGCUCGGGCCAACGCUCGAUCCCGUCCCGUCGGCUGCCAGGUGAAGCGAGGCGGGCUCCGGCGGCGGCGCUGAAGAUGGCCGGGAAGCUGGCGCCCCCGGGGGAGCUGUUCCUGCGCAAGGGCCGCGAGUCGGUCUCCUCGCUCGAGGUGGACCGGCUGGCUCCCGGCGAGGCGACCGGCGAGGAGUCCUCGGACAGCGAAGGCGAGCAGGAGGGCGGCUCCCACAAGCUCAUCCGCAAAGUCUCCACCUCGGGCCAGAUGAGGACCAAGAGGAACACCUGUGAAUUGCAAGAGAUUCAGGUGGUAUUUUUCAGGAAUGAUCCAUUUAGACGCUGGACUGUUCCUACUUGUGGAUUUGCUGUGCAGAAUCUGAACAGCAGUGGCAGCCGAGGAGCUGGGCGUUGGUGGGUGCCAGUGUGGGGUUUGGGCUGGACGACCACCAGAGUGUUUUCCUGUCUGGAUGGCAGUGCAGCUUGCCUGCAAGUGGACAGAUGA